AUGCCAACCACCAACGCUACACCACGCCGUUUCGGCCGUGAGCUAUCUCAAAAUGUGCGCCGUGGCCGAAAUAUGACAGUGGAUGAACGUAAUAUUGCUAUCGGGAUGCUACACGAGGGCGCAAGCUACAAAGAUGUAGCAGCGUACUUCAGCCGCGAUCCAUCCACCAUUCGUCAGCUAUAUAAUAAGCUUCACCAGACUGGAUCAGUACAGGAUAAACCUCGCUCCGGCCGCCCACAGAUACUUUCACGUCACCAGCAGAAGCUAAUAUAUCGUGCUGCACGAGCUGAUCCAAAAAUACUAUACGAAGACCUUGCCAAAGUCGCCGUCUUUAUACGCCUAGAUGGGACCCCUUCGAAGCCUCCUAGCCGCCGAACAUUAUAUACAGUCCUCAAACGUCGAAAACUAACUAAACACCGCUGCAAAAAACGACCUAAGCUGACUCCUGAGCAUGCUCGUGGGCGCUAUAGAUUCGCAUGCCAGUAUCGGAGUUUUCCUUGGCAUCGGCGCACGGUCAAGUUCUCAGAUGAGUGCUCAGUUCAGAAGGGAUCUGGUGGCACACAGGAGUGGUGUUUUCGAUAUCCAGAAGAGAAAUCGAAGCGGAGGAUGCUAACAGAGGUUCUUGCUAGCCAGGGCCCGUAG